AUGACAUAUACACUUACACAUAGUGAUAUUACUGCUAAGCUCACUCUGGCACUCUCACAUACUAUUAACAAUUCUCAGUUGCAUGGAUGGUACAACAAACUAUACAGAGAUGAAGUGGUGGCAGAGUGGAAGAAAGUGAAGGGAAAGAUGUCUCUCCAAGUUCACUGUCACAUAAGUGGAGGCCAUUUCGUUCAUGGAGAUGGAAAUUUAUUUGUUCAACAACUAGCCCGAAUUAUAGGAGGCUUUGUUUGGGUGUAUUUUCAUUCUAACAUUCCAGAAUUCAACAAGGCAGAGCUAGAAGACAGUCAAUAUCAAGGUCAAACAGUCGGAAAUUGUGUAGAUCGAGGAAAGACUAUUGAUUUAUAA